CUCAAGACCCAUCGCGAGCGUCUGGCGAUUCAGAAACAGCGCAAAGAAAUACCACAUUUGUGGAACCUUAACGAGGAUCCAGCUUUGACUGACGUUAUCGUUCAUUUCCUGCCACCUGGAGAAGUGACAAUCGGAAACAAGACAGCCGUACCGGCUCCAAUGGUGCAACUAAACGGCCUCUCAAUACUACCACAACACGCCGUUGUAGUUAAUUCGAAGAAUAAGAAAGUGACAAUCACACCUUGCGGGAAGCGGAAUCCUUAUCAACGCAAGUCGAUUCGACGCAAUACGAAAGGAACUGGUACAAAAAUGCAGUACAAGAAUAGGCAAGAAGAACACCUAGUGCUUUUCGGCGGAAAUCACCUCUACGUAUUCAACAAUCCAACAAAGGGUGGAGCUCGGAAAGAUAUCACCUAUGAAGAAGCGCAGAAGGAACUCGCUCAAGGAGCCGGUAUCAAAAUCUCGAACGAGGAUGGCAAAAGCAAAGCUGACAUGAUUCUCGAAGAAGAGUUAAUCUCGAUGAUGCCAUUAGUCUAUCGGGCCAAUGCGAUGGCUGUCGAAUUGAAACGAAAUGUGAAAUUCGAGUUGGUAUUGGUUUCACCGGAAAUGCGAGGACUUCAUGAAGGCCUAACCGAGAUCUGGGUCAAUGUUCACAAUUUGACUGAGGACACACGCUUUAUGUGGGAAAAAGCGAGAUUUAUGAAUCGUUACUACGGUAUGCAGGAAAUGUACGAAAAUAAAAUAGAUGGCGAAGAUUGGAAUAUGCCAAAGUUGGUAUUGGUUUCACCGGAAAUGCGAGGACUUCAUGAAGGCCUAACCGAGAUCUGGGUCAAUGUUCACAAUUUGACUGAGGACACACGCUUUAUGUGGGAAAAAGCGAGAUUUAUGAAUCGUUACUACGGUAUGCAGGAAAUGUACGAAAAUAAAAUAGAUGGCGAAGAUUGGAAUAUGCCAAAGGAACGCGACCCAUUUUACGAAGCACCAGAUUCAAAAACUUUUCUGGGCUCAGCGAUCGUCUUCUUGCAACCACUCGCCUAUUUGAUGGAUUCAGAGGAAAACGAAAUGAACUUGGCGAACUCUCUGUACUUCUAUCACCAUGCAACUCAUCAGGAAAAGAGCUACUCGGCGAAUAUGUUGAUGAUCCGAAACAAAUCGUACGGGUUCCAAGGACUCCUGAUCACUUGCAUAUUUAUUUACCUAGUUGCCAUUGAAGAUAUUCCAAGUAAAAUCGGCAAAAGCUACGGCUUUAUGGUGAAGAUCCAGUCGGCUAGAGGCUUGCCACGUCGUAUCGAAAAGAGUUCUUGCAAAUACAGUUUCUUCAACGGAAAAGAAAUCAACACACAAAUGCUUUCUGGAAACAGUCCUUCUUAUGCCCACGAGCAGAUCUUUCAGUAUAAAGUGAUAUCACCUGAGCUUGCGGACUACCUUCUGAACUCGAAUCUUUGUAUUUCACUCUGGGGUACACAGAAGGCUCGACAGCUCAGUGUUUCUUCAAACCAAUCGAGCCGACGGCGACAGUCAAUGACCGAGCCUGGUGAGAAAACUCGACCACGGAAAAAACGACCAUCAUCACAAGCACCAAAGAUUCAACGUGAUGAAAAUGAGGCACCACGAUCAGGAACUGAAGAGAAAAACGAGAAAACCAAAGAAGAAACCUUCGUCGAAAAACCGAAGACCGAAGAAGAAAGCGUCACAAUCAGAAAAAUGAAGCAUCUGUGA